AUGGCCGCGCGCCCCGGGCCGCUGUGGCUCGUGGGCCUGGCGCUGUGCGCGCUGAGCGGCGGCCCCGGCCCGCGCGCCCCGGCCGGCUGUCCGGCCCGCCGCCUGGGCCCGCGCGAGCGCCGCGACAUGCAGCGCGAGAUCCUGGCGGUGCUCGGGCUGCCCGGGCGGCCCCGGCCCCGCGCGCCGUCCGCCGCCGCCCGGCUGCCCGCGUCGGCGCCGCUCUUCAUGCUGGACCUGUACCACGCCAUGGCCCGCGACGACGACGAGGACGGCGGCCCCCCCGAGCGGCGCCCGGGCCGCGCCGACCUGGUCAUGAGCUUCGUCAACAUGGUGGAGCGUGACCGUACCCUGGGCCACCAGGAGCCCCACUGGAAGGAGUUCCGCUUUGACCUGACCCAGAUCCCAGAGGGGGAGAUGGUCACAGCCGCUGAGUUCCGGAUUUACAAGAUGGCCAGCACCCACCUGCUCAACGGGACCCUGCACAUCAGCAUGUUCGAGGUGGUCAGAGAGCAGUCCAACAGGGAGUCUGACUUGUUCUUUUUGGAUCUUCAGACGCUCCGAGCUGGGGACGAGGGCUGGCUGGUGUUGGACGUGACAGCAGCCAGUGACCGCUGGUUGUUGAGCCGGAACAAGGACCUGGGGCUCCGCCUCUAUGUGGAAACGGACGAUGGGCACAGCGUGGAUCCUGGCCUGGCCGGCCUGCUGGGGCGACGGGCGCCGGGCUCCAAACAGCCUUUCCUGGUCACUUUUUUCAGGGCGAGCCCUGGUCCCGUCCGAGCCCCUCGGGCAGCGAGGCCCCUGAAGAGGAGGCCGCCCAAGAAAACCAACGAGCUGCCACACCCGAACAAACUCCCGGGGAUCUUUGAUGACGUUCAUGGCACCGACGGCCGGCAGGUUUGCCGGCGGCACGAGCUCUACGUCAGCUUCCAGGACCUCGGCUGGCUGGAUUGGGUUAUUGCUCCCCAAGGCUACUCGGCCUAUUACUGUGAGGGGGAGUGCUCCUUCCCGCUGGACUCGUGCAUGAACGCCACCAACCACGCCAUCCUGCAGUCCCUGGUGCACCUGAUGAAGCCGGAUGCGGUCCCCAAGGCGUGCUGUGCCCCCACGAAGCUGAGUGCCACCUCCGUGCUCUACUAUGACAGCAGCAACAAUGUCAUCCUGCGCAAGCACCGCAACAUGGUGGUCAGGGCCUGUGGCUGCCACUGAGGCCCGGCCCCGCCGCUGCAGAGCCUCCCGCCUGGAUCAGGCCCCUCUCCAG